UCUUGUUAUCAUUGUUUUACAGGUAGAUUGGUAGAAAGAGAGAGAUAGAUAGGCAGUUCUAGUACUAGUAGAGAACUAGAAAUAGAUAGACAGAUAAAGAGAAUCUCAGACAUGCUCGCUUCUCAUUGCCUUCCUAAGAAUUUCAUUCUACUUUGCCUUGUCUGCCAAUUUCUUAUAUCUUCACAAUCACAGCCGCACUCCCUUUGCCUUGAGCAAAACAAUUUGAUACUUCUUGUCCUCUUCAGGUUCCUCUCUCUUCUUGCACCACCAUCCAAAGGGGCUAGCUAGCUAGAAUUUGUUUGAUCAUAUGCAUAGACAUUAACAGUGAAAGCAAUCAAAUUUAGUGGAAUUCUCUUUUGUUUUUCUUACCUGCAUUAAUUCCUUGGAUUCUUUGCGUGAAAGUAAAGAUGGGAUUAAAUACUAAACAGGUUUCGAGUGAUCAUCCACUGGAUUGGAACCAAACUUUGUUGGAUUCUGGCGCGGUGGAGUUGCCGAAACCCCCUCCAGCGAAAAGGCAACAACAGAAUCAGCAACAGCAAUCAGAGCCUUUGAAGUGUCCAAGGUGUGGUUCCUCGAAUACUAAGUUUUGUUACUACAACAAUUACAACAAGUCUCAACCUCGCCAUUUUUGCAAAGCUUGUAAGAGGCACUGGACUAAUGGAGGGACUCUUCGUAAUGUGCCCGUUGGCGGUGGUCGCAAAAACAAGCGCCUGAAAACAGCAAAUGCUGCCACGACCACCACUGCCAUCACCACCACCAAUACUGCCAUUGUUGGCGGCGGCAGUAGUAACAGGAAUUAUGCCAAUCUUGCUCAGAGCCAGCGAAAUUGUCAUAAUUCUCCUCUAGCCACUAUUAAUGACCAGAAAAAUAUUUCUGAUAUUCUUUACCAGGCCUUGAUUAGCAGUUCUUCUUCAGUCCAGCAUGAUCCAAUCAAUGCCUUCACCAGCAAGACUUCGAUGAGCAAUGCUAUUACUGGUCCAAUGCUAUCGCUGCCUCAAGAUCGUCAUAGUUUACAAUUUUCAUUCUCUAGCUUAAGCCCUUUUGAUACAAUCCCAUGCUCAUUUCCUUGCUCCAAUUUAUCCCUGAAUAACGCUUAUGAUUAUACUGCGGAGCUUGAUCAUCUGGAAUCAUCAACAGUUACUACAGUCACUCCAUCUACAACGAGUGCUGGUGUUUUUUCUCAGUCAUCGUGGCAAGGUCAGACAACAAAUACCAGCAGUACCCUGGCCGAAAUGCCAAACUACUGGAAUUGGAAUGAUAUGGAUCCAUUGGUUUCGGCUGACCUCAAUAUUCCGUGGGAUGAUAUAGAGAUUAAGCCCUGAAGGACAACAAACAAAUUGAUAACAAAAGGAAUCAUCUGUAUUUGUUGUUUCGAUUCAGAUCUCAUCAUGUUUGGCGGAUGAAUUAAUGUACAUAAUCUGUCCCUAAUUUCGGUCAUAACAUUCUAUACAGAGUUGAACCAGUGCUCAAUGCUUAACUCUAUAGUGAGAUGUAAGGUGUGUUUUUUGUUUGUUUUUUCGGUGGCUUUCUUCUAUCUGGGAUCAAAAUUUUUACUAUGAUCU